AGGAUGGCGGCGGGCUGCGGCGCGCGGAGGUGGCGGCUGCUGCCGCUGCUGCUGCUGGCCGGGGCGGCGCUAGCUCCGGGGCCGGCCGGCGGGGUUGCGUCGGAGCCGGGCCGCUGGAGCCGGACGGCCGGCGGGAACCAAAAGAAACUCUUUGUCUUCUCCAAGACGAUGUUUAAAGGGACUUGGAUUAUUCUUAAAUUUCCCCAUGAAGUCUGCGAAGAUAGGGAAGUGCUGAAUGUGACCUGGUAUCUCCGUAGUUCCCGCUGCCACAAUGAAGCCUACAUAAAUGAAAACGAAGCGUUGACAUACCUGAGCAACCCUGACGUGGAGGCCAGUGUCCUUGGAGGAGGCCAGUAUAUCUGGAAUGUCACCUUGGUGCAGUGUGGACAGUUGCACAAGUUGAGUGUCCAGGAGCUCCCAGUUCCGAAAAAGCUGAAGCAUCUCCCAGUUAAAGAGACCUCGGUGCAGAAGAGGGAGGCCCCCAAAGAAGCGGAAGUCAAGGGAGCCCAGGAGAAGGGCUCCAACCCCCCAAAUCAAGAGGCCCAGAACUUUUGCUGA